AUGGCCUUUGCUAUUGAUGAGAUUAACAGAAAUUCCAACCUGCUACCUAAUGUGACUCUGGGAUACAGUCUUUAUGAUAAUUGUGCCAGUGUAGGAAUCGGAUUUCGUGCAGCAUUGUCCUUAGUCAGUGGUCAAGAGGAGCAGUUUAUGUUAGACGAGACCUGUGUUGGAACCCCUCCAGUAGUGGGGAUUGUGGGUGAUUCUUCUUCUACUCGUUCCAUUGCCAUUUCCAGUGUCCUAGGCUUGUACAGAGUGCCAAUGGUGCGUGCUAUGAUUCAGAUUCUGAAACACUUUGGCUGGACUUGGGUUGGCCUGUUGAUCAGUGAUGAUGACUAUGGAUUUCACGCUGCACGCGCCUUCCAAUCUGACCUGGCUCAGUCUGGUGGAGGUUGUUUGUCCUACCUAAAGGUUCUGCCAUGGGGCAAUGACCAAGAUGAAUUCAGAAGGGUUGUGGACGUGAUGAAGAAAUCUACAGCUCGUGUGGUCAUUGUGUUUGCACAUGAGAGUCACAUGAUUAACCUGAUGGAAGAGGUUUCGUUUGAAGUGGUGAGGCAGAAUGUGACAGGCCUGCAGUGGAUGGCCAGUGAAGCUUGGACAGCAGCUACUGCGCUCCACACUCCCCACUUCAUGCCAUACCUGGCUGGCACACUGGGUAUCGCCAUCCGUCGAGGAGAAAUCCCAGGCCUCAGAGAAUUCCUCUUACAAACACAUCCUGACCUACGCUACAACAACAGCUAUGGAAACAGCGUGAUCAACCAGUUUUGGGAAUACACAUUUCAGUGUAAAUUUGCACCACCUCCAAUAGGUUGGGUAGAUGCUGGCGGAGCAUUAUGCACUGGACAGGAAGAUCUAAAACAUGUGGAAAUUGAUUUUUUGGACAUUUCAAACCUCAGGUCAGAGUACAAUGUGUACAAGGCUGUGUAUGCACUGGCAUAUGCUCUUGAUGACAUGCUGCGCUGUGUGCCAGGCAGAGGGCCUUUCAGAGGACACAGCUGUGGCAAUUUGAAAGAACUGGAGCCAUGGCAGCUAGUGUAUUAUUUAGAUAAGGUCAACUUCAACACAUCCUUUGGUGAUCAAGUGACAUUUGAUGAGAAUGGUGAUGUCUUACCAAUAUAUGAUAUCAUGAACUGGCUGUGGCUCCCUGAUGGAACAACUAUACUUCAGAAUGUGGGUGAGGUUAAGGAGUCAGCCUUCAAAGGUGAAGAAACCACAAUUGAUGCAGACAAAAUCUCCUGGAACUUUGAAUCAAAAAAGCCACCCCGGUCAGUGUGCAGUGAGAGCUGUCCUCCAGGUACCCGCAUGGCCAGAAAGAAAGGGGAACCUGUGUGCUGCUUUGACUGCAUCCCUUGUUCUGAGGGAAAGAUCAGCAAUGUGACUGACUCAUUGGAGUGCACCAGUUGUCCAGAGGACUUCUGGCCCAGACUCCAGCGUGACCACUGUGUUCCCAAGAAAACAGAGUUCCUCUCCUACCAUGAACCUCUGGGUAUUGGCCUGACAGCUGCUGCAUUGCUGGGCACCUGUAUCUGUGCUGUUGUCUUCAGCAUCUUCAUCUAUCAUCGGAGAACACCUAUAGUACGCGCCAACAAUUCAGAACUGAGUUUUCAGUUAUUGCUGUCACUUAAGUUAUGUUUCAUGUGUUCACUGCUGUUUAUCGGUCGUCCCAGACUGUGGACAUGCCAGCUGAGACAUGCAGCAUUUGGGAUCAGUUUUGUGCUUUGCAUCUCAUGUAUCCUGGUGAAAACCAUGGUGGUUCUGGCUGUGUUCAAGGCCUCCAAGCCAGGAGGUGGAGCCAGUCUGAAGUGGUUUGGUGCUAUGCAGCAGAGAGGGACAGUCAUGGUUCUCACUUCUGUUCAGGCAGCAAUCUGCACUGCCUGGAUUGUAUCUGCCUCCCCAGUUCCUCAUAAAAACACUCAAUACCACAAUGAUAAGAUUGUUUAUGAGUGUGUAGUUGGGUCCACAGUUGGUUUUGCAGUGUUACUGGGAUAUAUCGGCUCCUUGGCUAUCCUCAGUUUUCUGAUUGCAUUUAUAGCAAGGAAUCUUCCAGAUAGUUUCAAUGAGGCCAAACUCAUCACUUUCAGCAUGCUGAUCUUCUGUGCUGUGUGGGUGGCCUUUGUCCCUGCUUAUGUCAGCUCACCAGGCAAAUAUGCAGAUGCAGUGGAGGUAUUUGCCAUCCUGGCCUCCAGUUUUGGCCUCCUGGUAGCACUGUUUGGACCCAAAUGUUACAUAAUCCUGCUGAGACCAGAGAGGAACACAAAGAAAGCCAUCAUGGGUCGAGGCAUUGAGACAUAAAAGCUGCACUUAUUUCACUGAACACAAUGAAUCAUUUCACUCAAAACAAUACAAAAGUGCAGGCAGUUAAUAGUCAUAGCAAUGAUAACAUAUUGAACAAGCAAGGCUAACACCAAAAAAUGUACCUGAAUAUGAAAUUUCUGUGUAGAUUAACCUGACUGUUCAUUUAUUCAUUCAUUCAUUUUCUAUACCACUUAACCACCCAGAGGCAGGGUACAUACUGGAUUGAACACCAGUCAGUCGCAUGGCUGACACACAAAUGUAAUGUAGAGAAGCUAAUUAACCUAAUGUGCAUGUUUUUGGGGUUGUGGGAGGAUGAUAUUAUUAUAUUAUUAUAAGCAUUAAUUGUCCUUUAUUGAGAUGAUGUAGACUUACUCAAAAGUCUUUAUAUUGCCACACUCAAUUUCCAAACAUCAAAUGUCACAAAAUUUGAUAAUAUGCCUCUGUCUGUGAGCUCCACAUUGCCCCCUUCCCAGUCCACUUCACUGCCACUCUCCGCCUUUCUGCUGGUUGCCAAAGACAUUUCACAUCCAUAUUGGUUACUUUUUCAGAGCUCUUUUCUUCCCUGCAGUAAUCCCUUUCCCCAUUUGUAAAUUAAGAGCUGGACUUCCUAACAUCUCUUGUAGUUUUCAGGAUGUGGGGCCCUGAGCAGCCAACUAACCUCAGAUGAAUAAAACAACCCAUGUAAUCCUUUUACAGUGUGCACUGGCUCAGUACUGCUGAACACGUGGCCUUAAGAUCAUCAUUUCCAAAGAAAUACAACUCAUGUUGUCUUCACUGCUGUAACAAGUUAUUGCAGUCUCUGAAAACUGUUUCCUUUGUCAUUGCUUUAUGACAAUAGAAUAAAGUGUGAGCACUCACA